AUGGAAGAGGAAUAUUGUGUGAAUGUUGAUCACAGUGGCAAAGAAAUGGAAUGCCUUUCAAUUAUUCCUGGAUGGUAUUCAGAUGUCAGUGAUCUCUUUCCUGUACCUGGAGAAAUUAUGUCAAUUAAGAUAGAAAAGAUAUUAUUCAAGGGGAGGUCAAAGUACCAGGAUAUUAUGAUCUUUCAGUCAUUAACUUUUGGAAAAGUGAUAGUUCUUGAUGGUAUAAUUCAACACACAGAGAGAGAUGUAUGUUCUUAUGUUGAAAUGAUUGUCCAUCUCCCACUUGCUUCUAUUCCUAACCCAAAGAAGGUUUUGAUUGUUGGAGGAGGAAUGGGAUUUACUUUGAGAGAAGUUUUACGUUAUCCAUCCGUUGAAAAAGUUGAUUUGGUCGAAAUUGAUGACAUGGUGGUUAAUGCUUCAAGGAAAUAUUUUCCUGACAUAGCUAAGGGAUACGAGGAUCCACGUGCAACACUUUAUGUUGAAGAUGGAAAUGCAUUUGUGAAGAACACUGCUCCAGGAACAUAUGAUGCAAUUAUUGUAGAUUCUUCUGAUCCUAUUGGACCAUCAAAAUUUUUCUUUGAAAAGCCCUUCUUUGAGGCAGUUUCAAAAGCCUUAAGGCCAGGAGGAGUUUACUCAACUCAGGGUGAAAGUGCAUGGGUUUUCUUGGAUAUUAUUCAAAAACUUGUUGAAGAUUGCAACAUAUUCUUCAAAGGCUCUGUCAACUAUGGAUGGACUAAUGUUCCUUCCUUCCUAAGUGGGGCUAUUGGUUUUGUUAUUUGCUCGACUGAGGGGCCUCUAGUUGAUUUCAAGAAUCCUGUAAACAAAGUUGAUGUAGAUAUUAUCUCUACAAAAUCUGAAUCACCUUUGAAGUACUAUAACUCAGAGGUUCAUACUGCUGCAUUUGCUUUGCCAACUUUUGCGCAAAAAGUGCUUUGUCCUAAAAAGUGAUUCUUAUUGGAAGAUAUAGGAAUUUCAAG